CAUCUGGAAGACACCAGCCGCCUACUUUGGCCGGCGACCCGGGGUGUCCGGCCCUGAGCGCGCUGCCUUUAUUCGGGAGCUGGAGGAAGCACUGUGUCCUAACCUACAUCCGCCAGUCAAAAAGAUUACCCAGGAAGACGUCAAAGUGAUGUUAUAUUUGCUGGAGGAGAGAGAGGGACCUGAACACUGCAGCUCGCAUCGGCCAGUCCCUGGUGAAACAGAACAGUGUUUUGAUGGAGGAGAACAGCACCCUGCUGGGCUCAGCCAAGGAGGAGAUUUUACACCUCAGACACCAGGUGAACUUGCGAGAUGACCUCCUCCAGCUCUACUCAGAUUCGGAUGAGGAGGAAGAGGAGGAGGCAGAGGAAGACCAGCAGCGUGCUCAUCCCUGUGAUGCCCCCAAGCUGUGAGAUUUCGCGGAGACAUUGCUGCACCAGCACCACUGCCCACAGCUGGAAGCCUUGCAGGAGAAGCUGAGGCUGCUGGAAGAGGAGAAUCAUCAGCUGAGAGAAGAGGCCUCUCAACUUGACACCCUUGAGGAUGAGGAACAGAUGCUCAUUCUGCAAUGUGUGGAGCAGUUUUCUUUCAGCAGCCAGACAGCCACCUGCCUCUGUUUCUGCCACCCUGCAACCCCAAAGAAGGCCCUGCUGUCUUGGCUGGCUGAGCUGGAACGGGGAGGAACCAUCAGGAUCUGUGUGCAGACAGGGGUGGGGGUGGGCCUGGGGGGUUGGACUUUCAAAAGAUGUCGCUAUCUCCCACCCAGGUAUGAUUUUUGCAACAGUGAGGAUGGAGAGCAGGUGCAGGGGUUUGAGGCUGAGGAAGGGUUGAUGCUGGCAGCAGAUAUUAUGCCGGGGGAAGAUUUCACGCCUGCAGAGAAGUUGGUGCCCGAGGAGGAGCUGGGGACUGCCGAAAAGGUGCCGGCUGAGGAAGGGGUGAUGGAAGAGGCAGAGCUGGUGUCGGAGGAGACUGAGGGCUGGGAGGAGGUGGAACCGGAGCUGGAUGAGGCAACGCGGAUGAACAUGGUGACGUCAGCCCUGCAGGCCAGUGGCUUGGGCCCUUCACACCUGGACAUGAAGUAUAUCCUCCAGCAGCAGGCCAACUGGCAGGAUGCCCAUUACAGGCGGCAGCUGAGGCGAAAGAUGUUCCAGAAAGGCUCUCCAACCCUGCAGCAGUGGCAGCAGCAGUCAAAACAAGCACGGGGGUGGGAUUGUGGAGCUGCCCAGGGGCUGACCCAGGCUGGAGGACAGGCCCAGCUACCGUCCCAGGGCCUGGGAGGAAGAGGGGCCUUCUGGGGCUGCCCAGGCUACGGGGACAAAGGCCUCCACCAGCAAGGGCCACAGUUGGACCAGUCCCCUGGGCUUUGCUGUUCCCCAGCAGCCUGCAGAGGCCCCCCAGACAGCUUGAGGCCCUUCCUUCUGCCUGGCCAAGCCCACACCCCCAGACCCUCCUUCCCAUCCUCUGAAAUGGGACCCUGUGUCUGUCACCAGCCCAUCCUCUGUGUUCAUGAACCUGGGCUGGAGUUUGGGGACCUGGGCCUCCACCCUCUUCAGGGACAGGCGGUAGGAACCCUGGCUGUUGCUCUGUAGCUGGUACAAAAGCUGUGGCUGCCAGGCUUGGGUCACAUGGCAGCCCAGGGGGGGCCCACUGGCUACCAGACCCAGCCCUGAGUGGGGAAUGGCCCAGCUUCCACAGGUAGGGAGUUGUGAGGCCCCUCACCCCUUGAUGCCCAGGCUAGCGGUGGCCACCCCGGUUCUUGUUGACUUGAGGGACCUGGCCAUCUUCCCCGUUCUUCAUCCUUCUCGGUCCCUACUUACUGUUUGUAACCACAAGUGUCUCUAUGUGUGGGUGGGUGAGGGCCCCUCUGCCCAGUGGUGUGUCUCCUCUCCCUCCCUCCCCUCCCUCUUCUGCCAGUGGCCUGGGGGUGUCCAGGCUCCCACCCAUGGCCCAGCCCCCCUCCCCUCCCUGUUGAUUCCCCGCUCCCUGCCCCUGGCUUCCUCUUCCAUGUUCCACCCUCUCCCACACCUUUGUUCCUCAAUAGCUGGGGGCUGGGACUCAGGCCUCCUGCGGGUGCCUGCCCCGCUCCACGCGGCGCCUCUCAGCCUCCUAUUGCUUGUCAGCCUGUGCGCAAGCGGUGCAGGAAAUAAAGGAUGUGUGCGCUCCUG